GGAUGAAGGUUAUAAAAAUGGUACAUCUAUAACUACCGUUAGAGAAUAAGGCAUUGUAACAGCAGACAAAUAGUGUAAAGUGCCCUUAAGAUGACGCAUUGCCUAUAUUUAUGAUAAUCGAUUAAAAGCCUCAGGACUCCGUCCAAGCAAUCAAACAAUGUCGACCUCGACCACGAAAUCGCAUUCGAAUUCUAUAUAUCUACUAACCGUGAAAGUUUUUACAAGAUUUGAAAACAAGAGAAAUUAUUUUGAACGUCCCCGUUUGGUUGGCAUCUACAACAUUGACCAUAUAAAAUUCAAUCCGGCCCAUAGGAUAAAGAACCACUUUAAAGAACCAGAGCCAUCGUCGUAUCCAUUGGACUUGAAUGCCAGCGAGGAUUUGUUUGGUUUUCUAAAGUAUGAAACACAAACUAACCUUUUUCACCCUCUUCUGCAUGCAGUAUUCAGUGGAACGUCAAUGUUGGCCCUUGAGGAAGAGAGGGCGCCAACAACACCGGAUGAUAUAGAACGUACAAAUGUGUACACUCGCCGUGGUAUUCUGGAACGAAUUAUGGAAUUUUGUUAUACAAAAUAUAGUUUUACGGUUUGUGUCUCUCGCUGCAAUGGAAAAUUGUUCAUGGUACAACAAGCGCCGAAGAAGAAUGUUUACAAUGACAACCAAUCGGUGCACCACAUGCGUUUAUCUCAGCUGGUAUUUGGAGAUCCUACUGGUAAAACUUCAAAUGGCAAAGGCUCAAUGAUCUAUGAUGACAACGUAUUCCAGGUCUUAGUUCAUAAGACGUCAUUGGGAAAAUUUGAUAUUUAUUACGUUGGUAGAACACAAGGAAUCAUACCAGACAAAGCCGAGCAAAAAAUAAAUGACUUAGAAACUCUGAAUGGACAACGUUUUGUUGCUGUAAAACAAAUGCUGAGCGAACUUAGAAAUGACGAUUUGAAACUUCUUAAAUAUUGGCUUCAAGGAUAUUUAUCCAAUAUCAAGGAAAUCUACAUAGCUUACAAAGAUAGCGAUGGCAUUGUCAGGGAGCCGCUUGAAUAUCAAAAAUUAUCUGAUAUACCAAAGAAAUGCUCGUGGAAACCUAAUGUUUGUACAUCAUUCUUGUUGGAAUUUUUAAAUAGAGUCGAAAACCUGAUGAGCGAUGUUGACUCUUUGGACACUGUUUAUAGAUUCACUUUUAAUGCCAAAUAUAAAACUGUUUAUUAUCAAAUUCAUGAGGGAAAAUCUGACUAUUCGUUUAUUCCUCAUGAGUACGGCGAAUUUAUACAAGAAUGAAUAACUCAAGCUCAGCAGUUUUUUUUAUACGAAUAAAAUUUGUAUGAAAUUCGAUGUAUUUUUA